AUCUAUUUUCACAGAUAACAAUAUUAUAUUUUACCUCUAAUCAAAAGAUUUGCUAUGAGAAAGUUUCUGAACAGGAUAAUUUUAUCAAAUUUUACUCGGUGAAAUAAAAAUCAACGCUAAAUCAUGCCUGAAGAAACCAAAAUAGUUUAUUAUAUUGGCGACGAAGCGACGCCAUAUUUGAGCAAAGUUACAAUUCCACCUGAGCAGAUCACACUCGGUAACUUCAAGGUGGCAAUUAACAAGCCCAAUUACAAGUAUUUUUUCCGAUCAACUGAUGCCGACUUUGGAGUCGUUAAAGAAGAAAUUACAAAUGAUGACAGCAAGUUACCUGUGUCAGAUAACAAAGUUGUAGCUUGGUUGGUGGCACCAGACAAUGACACGGCAUCAAUAUGUUCUGGCAUGGUACCAACGCCACAAGAAAGAAUGGCAGGAAUUGGGGAUUCAAGGCCUUCUUCAUUUCAUCCAAAUGCUAUGGGAAGUACAGAUGUUGAUACAGACUCCAUGAUUUCAAACCACAAGCCCGUUCGCCCAGGAAUGCAGAGAGUAAGGAAUUAUGAUAAAUAUGGAAGUCAGUCAACUCUCUUGACAACGACUACGGAGGAUUCUAUGUUUGACUCGUCUGAUGAAACUAGGUACAGUACAACAUGUUCAGAAUCCACAAUGUCAUCAAGGCGAAAACAUCGACAGAAAGUUCGGAAGAAAAGAAGACCCAGACCAGAGUCUGAUACGACUUCCAAUUACUCCAGCAGCAUCACUGAUUCAUCAAUGUCCCUCAAUAUAUUGACUGUUACCCUGAAUAUGGAUAAAUACACUUUUCUCGGAAUAAGCAUUGUUGGUCAAAGCAAUGACAAAGGAGAUGGCGGGAUUUAUAUCGGGUCAAUCAUGAAAGGAGGUGCUGUUGCAGCAGAUGGAAGAGUGGAACCUGGUGAUAUGUUAUUGCAAGUCAACGAUAAAAACUUUGAAAAUAUGAGCAACGAUGAUGCUGUCAGAGUCCUAAGAGAUAUUGUACAUAAACCAGGACCUAUCACAUUAACAGUAGCAAAAUGUUGGGAUCCGAAUCCAAAUUACUUCACCGUACCCAAGUACGAACCAGUUCAACCAAUAGAUCCUGCUGCUUGGGUCAAUCAUACUGCUGUUGUAACAGGCGGCUUUCAAGGUCCAUCACCAGCAAUUAGUUCAAAUCUCACAGAAACAAGUUCAGAUACGAUGGCGAGCUCAUUACCAGAGUCUGAGAGAUACGAUCAAAUGCCGCUAUCGAUACACUCAGCAAUGACAUCUGUAGUUCGGACACUGAAGACACCAAACAGUGGAUUGGAUAUCAAGACAAGGAUGUGGUUGAAAAUUACUAUUCCUGAUGCGUUUAUAGGCUCAGAUCUUGUAGAAUGGUUGAGUCAGAAUGUGGAAGGUCUUCAAGAUCGUAAAGACGCUCGACAGUACGCUUCGAAUUUAUUGAAAGCAGGAUACAUCAGACACACAGUCAAUAAAACAAAAUUUUCUGAGCAGUGUUAUUAUGUAUUUGGAGAAUACAAUGGAGCUCAAAUACAUAAAGAUAUUGGGAACUUGUCACUCGGAGACUCGAAUAGUGAACACGGUUCUGAUAUGCUAGGUCCACUUCCCAGUUCUGGAUCUUGGCCGAAUGUACAUGGGGGUCACCCGUACCCCACAUUCAACAACAUGCAGUAUAACAACCCCUAUCACCCUGAUGGGGGCCCCAAACAAGAUUUCCCAGUUGCAGGAAACCAUCCACCCCCUCCUUUAUAUGGGGGAUCAGUACACAGUGAUGUAGAUACUCUCAGUAUUCAUAGUGGCAGCACAUACAGUGGGAUGCCUAUGGUUCCAGUAGCAGGUCCAUACAACAGUAUGCCACAUGCCAAUCAUCAUAGACUAAGUGGGGAUUCUGGAAGCGAUCGGGCAAGUAGUCGACAUAGUGGACGAAGUGGGAAUCGUCGAGAUAGUCCAGCUGGUGGAAAUAGUGAUCGAUUGAGUGACAGAGGCUCUGAUAGAACAACACAUUCACAACAUACUUUACAAUCACAGGUUUCUGAAUCUGGUAUGCGUCCAGGUCAAUUUGUGCCUCACAAUAUGGCACAGCAUUCUUCAUACCCACAUCACCACAAUCCACACUACUCAUCAGCGCCACCUAUGGGCCAACCACCUAUGAUGGGGCCGCCACAAGGGUUCCCACCACCUCCGCUUAUGGGACCCACCCAAAAUCAAAUGAUGCCCCCACAAAUGGGGGGCAUUUCACAGUCGCAUUACUCUAGUAAUACUACCUUACCUUACGGUGCAACUAUGGCCGGAGGGGAACUGCGGCCGCCACUACCACCUAGAAGUCUGUCUGCUGUCCCUCCUGAGAUGUCUGGGAGUCGAAAAUCAUUUCAACAGGCGAUGGGAAACCCAUGUGAAUUUUUUGUAGACGUAAUGUGAAUUCUUGUUGGUUUGGGGUUAAAGAAGAUUAUCCCGUUAAAGCUGCCAUGGUGUGGAAAAGGAGAUAUUCUAACUUCACAUAGAUUGUUUUCCAUUAGACAAUUUACAGAAAUUUUUUAGCCUUAACUCUUUUUACCUUAGUUUUAUGUCAAAAUACUGUCACAGACGUCAAUAAUGAUAUUUUAUAUACAAUAGUACAUAUUGUCUAUUCAAGUACAUGCAUUGGUGAUUUACUUAUUAGAACUUAUCUCAAAGCGAUAACCUCCUAUUAAUUCUACUGCCGUAAAGUGUUCUGGGAACGUUUUCUCUUUUUAUGUAUGUCUAGGUGAAUGAAAUACUAGGGUAUCAUUUGAAUAUUGAAUCUAGCUCGCUGGAAUUUUUUAUAAUAUUUUAAAUUAUUAGCAAACGGUUCUAUUAGGUUCUAGACAUGGGAAGUAGGUUUCGAUAUAUUAUCUAAGUAACAAUUUAAUGAAAUAUCUCUCAACUUGUUGUAAAUAUUCUGGACAUCUAAUGAUAUUUAGAGCAACGGAGGAAAACAGUUGGUAAAACAUGGUUUAUGGUACAGUGUGCGUGGGUACGUAUGAAGGCAUAUUCUCUCUUUUGAGUAGAUUUAGGUAAAAGAUGGGUAUUGCUUGUAUCUUGGGUACUCCCAAGUAUUUGAACCAAGAUGGCGGACACCGAAACGUUGUAUGUGUACUAGGUUGGGGUUAGGCCAUAAUUUUAGGUACAAAUACUACGGGAGGCUCUUGGCUAGUCACCGAACUCUUAAUUGAACUAAAUUAAGGAAAAUUGAAAUAAAAUUAUGGCCUAACCCACCCCCUAACCUGGUACACAUACAACAUUCCGGUGUCCGCCAUCUUGGUGCACAUAUACUUCUGGAGUGCUGUAUCUUGAAAAUCGUAAAUCCUUGAGCAUCAUGAUUUUGAAUCGAACUCGGAGCAAUAAAGUUAGAUGAUUGGUACAAUUAUAGUUUACGGUACAGUAAAGGCGCCCAUGUUAUUUUUCUGGUUAUACAGAUUCCUAAAAUACCAUUUUCAUGUAGGCUACAUACUCUAUUCAAAUUUCAUUGAUUGAAUUUCUAAACUGGUAUAGAAUAUUCCAUUCUAUUGAUAAAAAUUCAUUCACGGUAAUUUGCUUUUGAGUUAUUUUUUAGACAUUUUGUUUCUUCUCAUGCUGUCAUUAUUAUUUUUCCUUUGAAUUUUUAUUUUGCAUUUUUUUCUCUUGUGCCAUAUAUUUUUGCACAAAUUCUUUUGACGGUGCAAAAUGAUGAUUAUUUCAGUCACUCUGCCUCAUUUUUUUCUUUUGUCUGGAUAUAUUUCACGAAAUUAAGUCCCAGAGACUGGUGGAAAUAUUUCUGUAUUUUGGUAAAAAUUAUAUACGGUAAUACUAAAGCUUUAAUGGAAAAAUGUAUAAAACCCUGAUAUUGUCGUUUCUGUUUGUACAUUAGUGGUUUUACAAUUAAAAUUAGUACAUUAAAGUUUCUAGUGAAUUUUUAUUAGCCUGGAUUCUGUAUGGGUUGUCUUAAUACUUCGAUUGUUGAUCUGCGGAUAAUUUUUAUAAGCGAUAUUGAAUUUUCUUCGACCAGACUCAUCAAAACUAAUUCGUCUCUCCAGUUUUGCUCUGUUUUUCUGUAUUUAUAAAGAGAGAUAGCGAUAUGUGACUUUGAAAUAUAUUUUAGUGGUUAUCCUGUGAGUAACAUCAUGUGGUGUUGGUCUUUCGUUUUAUAAAUUUCAAUAUCUGCUGAACUUUGAAAACUACAUUAUGAUGAGAACAAUAAAGUUAUCCUUUAUCAAUAUAACAAUAGUUUUUCAAAACUUAUCGAGUGUUUCAAAUCAAUUACUUUUAACAAAAAAUCCAUUGGAUUUUUUUUAUCAUGAUAUUUUUAGGUUUUUUAUAAUAUUUUAUGCGUCGUUUUACCAAUUUCAUCUUUCGUUUUAGAGAUUUUCUUUAGCUGCUUUUUUUUGUGGUAUUACCUUCUUGUGGAUGGUGCAAACAUUUCUGCUUUUCUAGUUUAUAUUAUGGGUGCUAAAUUAUGGGAAAACGUACAAUAUUAAUACUUUUUCAAUAUAACCUGCCAAAUAGUUCAUUUAAACGGCAAAAUGAUUGAAAUAAUUAAGAUAUUUUUUGAUGUUUAGUCUUUAAAAUUGGAUCUUUAUAUUCAAUGAAAGCAUGAUGCAGAAUUUCAUUAUUAAAACAGUUCAACAAAGUUAGUUUUUUGGAAAUUUUGAAAUUAUUGCAACAAAAUAUGAUGUAUGCUAGACCUAAAUUAAAUCUCAUUCACUAUUGGUUAUCGUUUCUCUGAAAAGGUCAUUUUAAUAUUUGUCUUAAACUUGAAAGUUCUCCUAAACUAAAUUUUUUCGUAUGUUUAUAGCAAUAAUGUAAGAAACCGAUGUGAAGGGACCAUCAAUGAUGUUUUAUUUCAAUUCCCAAUCAAACCCUCAUUUUGGAAUGAAUACGUUAUAUAACCUGAAAAAUGAAUAUUUUGUCACAGAGUGGUCUGAAAAUUUUAAUAAUGUGUUAAAGUACGAAAAACUUGAAAAUUUAACUUUCAGACUUAAACAGUAACCCUGAUAUUCUAACAUCAAUAUUUUCAACGUGAAUUCCAUAUGCUUUCUGAAAUUCUGUCAAAAAGAAUAUUUCUGUACAAAACACUUUGACUGUAUUCCGUGUAAAAUUUCAUAUUUUCAAUUUUAGUAAAAUGCUGAUUUAGCACAGUAUUAAUGUUAUUAGUCUGUUUUAUUUUUUUAUUAUCUGAAAUCAUGGUACGGUGCCUACUCUAGAAUAUUUUUAUUUGUAUGUUUAAAAUCUCUUGUUUGUAAGUUAAUUGCAUUGUCAUUUCUGACUUAUUCGCACAUGAUUGGUCAAUCAAAAAUUUGAUCUGAGUAGCAAGUUAUAACUUCCACCAUCCCACUCUCACAGUAAAUUUCCAUGUCCAAAAUGAAACAAAUAUUCUUGUAUUCGGUUUAAUUUAUUCUGUAUUGUCAUUUCUGACUUAUUUGACAUGAAUGAUCUUAAACCACAAACUAAUGCCUUAUAAGUAUCACAAAUUUUAUUCAAGUAGUAAUGUAAUUUCCUCCUUCACAAUGUUCUCACAGUAAAUUCUCACCCAGUGAUGUCCAAAAUGAACAAAUAUUCUUCUAUUUGGUUUAGAACAGUGGUUCUCAAACCUUUUGAGUCGUGCCACGCCCCCUUUUCAAAAUUUGCCAAGUCAUACGCCCCACUUUAAAAAUAAUAACAAUAAGUUUCAAAUAACAGAUAGUGAGAUGAAAGUAUGUUCUUUUAAAAAACACAUUGAAAAUACAUGGGUGGAACAUAAAUAUCCAAAAUAUCAAAUUCAAAUAUCCAGAGUAAGGCAGGCAAGAUCAAGUCUAACAAAUAUUUUUAAUUAGCUCCUCGUCCCCUCAAAAAAUUGUCUACGUCCCCUUCGUGGGCCGCGCUCCACUAUUUGAAAAUCACUGGUUUAGAAUAUUUCCAUUUAAAAUUUGGCAUUUUGAAAAUUUGGAUUCUCAGAGUGGAACAAUAACUUUAUUAAACUUCUGACAGUAGGAAAAGAAUGAAAGCCAACACAAAGUUUAUUUCUGCAUUAAUAACGUUUUGGAAUUUACAAUAAUAUUCUCAAAAUUUCACCCUUGAACCCUCAGUGUAUAAAAAUACAUAUUCGAAAUUUCAUUUUCAAAAAUAUUUCAGAAAUUUUAAGAAAUAAACUACCGAACAUAUUCACUGCAUGUUGGAAUUAAUAAGUAAUUCUAUAUGAGCAACACAUUUACGUCACAAAUUUACAUUGCACUCUUAUUAAAUAAUAUUGCACAUGUUACCCCAGUAAAUAAAGACUGUGUGAAAUUAAAUCAGAUCUUUGUUAGUUUCGUCGUCUCAUAAAAACUGUUUACUUUAUUAAUUAAAGAAAAUAACUUGAAUUAUAAUUAAACUGGAAACUAUAUAAAGUCGUAUUAAUGUUAAUAGCGUGGCUACCGUCUGUUUUCUCAAACAUUAUCUAGAAUUGUCAUAUUGGCAGAAGGAAGGUUGCCAUUCUUAUUCAGUUUUGAUGUAAUCUUCUUAUCUUGAGAUAUCAUUUUCAUAAUAUAACAAAGAUAAUCACUAUUACUUAUCUUUGAUGGAAUCAAAGUUGUCAGAGAAAGCGCAAACGCUUUAAAUACUUACUUAAAUACUACACUUCAUUGUCAUUUAUUGCCUGAAUUUCAUUGAUAUAAUAUUUUAAUCUGCUAUUAUUUUUAUUUCUUGUGGGAUUUUACCUUGUUAUUAUUGAAACUAACGUUUUUAUUACAAUAAACUGUUCAAAUUUUC